AUGCCGGGUAAAUCAACUCCGAGGAUCCCGAAAAAUUACGAGAUCGCUCCUGGAGUACUACGAUUCUCCAGCACGCGAUUGGCGUUGCCCAAGGUCGGUGCCACCAAGGUGAAGAAGGUUGGCGGCUCGAAGAAUGGCGGAGAACGCAAAGUCGUCGAAAACAAGGGCCCCCGACUCUUCCCCCAAAUCCGACAGUCCGCUGCCGUCGAAGGAGGCGACCUCGCCAAGACCAAGCUGCGCAAGACUAUCACCCCUGGCACUGUCCUGAUCAUCCUUGCCGGCAAGCACAAGGGAAAGCGCGUCAUCUUCCUCAAGCAGCUCGCCAAGUCUGGCCUCCUGCUCGUUACUGGGCCCAUGCGGUUGAACAACACGCCACUGAGGAGGAUCGCUCAGGCGUUCGUUAUCGCCACAAAGACCAAGAUCGACGUUUCUGGUGUCAAGUUGCCCGCUAACCUCGAUGAUGCCUACUUCCGUCGCGUCAAGAGCAAGACCCGCAAGACCAAGGAGGGAGAGAACAUUUUCGCCAGCGGCAAGCAAGAGUACGAGGUUACCGAUCAACGUAAGGCCGACCAGAAGACUGUUGAUACCGCCAUCCUCGCCGCUUUGAAGAAGAACCCCGACUACAAAUUCCUCCGAGGCUACUUGGGAUCCCGAUUUUCCAUUCAGAAGGGACAGUUCCCCCACAAGCUGGGAGUUGAUAUGCCUAUAGCCUGCUCGACCGAGGCUUGUACCUCGUCAGCGACGAUCAAGCGUGCGCGUGAUGGAGAUCCGGUCUGUACUGCGUGUUUCACACACCGCUUCGAAGAGGAUGUGCAUGAAACGAUUUCUUCGACUUCCCUCUUCAAACGUGGUGAAAGAGUAGCGAUCGGCGCUUCUGGCGGCAAGGACUCAACUGUAUUGGCAUAUGCUAUGAAGCGUCAUGACUAUGGAUUGGAGUUGAUUUUGCUAUCCAUCGAUGAGGGCAUCAAAGGGUACAGAGACGAUUCCCUGAAGUCUGUGGAGCGGAACAAGAUCGAAUAUCAGCUCCCAUUGACGAUCCUCAGCUACAAAGAUCUUUAUGGGUGGUCUAUGGACGAAAUUGUGGCGAAGAUUGGCAAGAAGAAUAAUUGCACGUUUUGCGGCGUCUUUCGACGACAGGCACUAGACCGGGGUUCGUAUAAGCUCGGCUGUACGAAGCUUGUGACUGGCCAUAACGCCGAUGACAUUGCCGAGACUGUUUUGAUGAACCUACUACGCGGAGAUGUAGCACGACUAGAAAGAUGCACCAACAUUUGUACAGGAGAAGAUGGUGGAAGUUUGCCGCGGGCCAAACCUUUGAAGUACUCCUACGAAAAAGACAUUGUGAUGUAUGCGCGCGUCAACAAGCUUGAAUAUUUCUACACGGAGUGCAUAUAUGCCCCGAACGCUUAUCGUAAUUUUGCAAGGGACUACAUCAAGAAGUUGGAACGGGUGCGCCCCCGUGCGAUCCUCGACAUUAUUAUUAGCGGAGAAUCGGUGGCGAUACGCAAAGAGGUGGCGAUGCCGGUACUGGGCAAUUGCUCAAGAUGCAAUUAUAUUUCAAGCCAGAAAUUGUGCAAGGCGUGUCUGUUGAUUGAGGGAUUGAAUACAGACAAUCUUCAGCUCGGUACCAAGAAAAAGGCAACAACUACUUCCGCUCAAAAGACAGGAUGCAAAAGCGAAGGCGAGCCUUGUGAGUGUCGUGGUGAUCAAGAUGGUGUCACCGUUGAAAAUAAUAAUUCGGGAAAUGACGAUGCCAUUGAUCGGUGCCAAGACAGUCUCAACGACCUGAAUUGCAGCACAAGUACUAGGAAGAAGAAGCCUAUCUCUUUUGAAGCAACGGACUCGGAAGCGACGGCGCAGGACAACAAGGCAUGCGGUUGUGACAACGAUGGGGGCGCGGCAAAGAUUGAUUUU